UCAAAUCUGAUCUUGGCAGAUGUUGAUACCGAAGACGAAGAUGUAUUAGAAGUUCAAACUGUUGCCGAUGAUCUACCUAGCAAUAAUUGUCUGCGUGUUUCAGAUAUGACUAAACUUUCCAUUAACUUUCAUGACGUGAAAAACGUAAUCAAACCUUUCGAUGGUAGUGAAUAUUGUUCUAUCGAUAAAUGGCUGGUUGCAUUCGAAGACUUUGCUAAAAUGAUGACUUGGUCUGAUUUACAUAAAUUUAUAUUUGCAAAACAAUCCUUAACAGGGUUAGCGAAAUUAUUUGUUGAAAGUCAAAGCGGUAUUAAUUCCUGGGAUAAAUUGAAAUCGGAAUUAAAAGCUGAAUUUGGCAGUAAAUAUAACUCAGCGCGAUUGCACGGUAUGUUGGCUAAACGCCAAAUGCUCCCCAAUGAAUCCGUACAAGAAUAUUUCUUUAAAAUGCAAGAACUCGCUAGUCGUGGAAAAAUUGAGCCUGACGGGUUGAUCGAAUAUGUUAUUUCUGGUAUACGUGACAUACCCAGUAACAAAGCGAUGUUAUCCGGAACAGAUAAAUUUGACAGAAUUUCGUGAAAAGUUGAGAGUAUAUGAGAAGAUCCGGUCUACAUAUUCUCGUUCGUUUCAGUCUAAACCGAAUCUACGUACAGAGCAUCGAAAACCCCAGCCUUAUCGAAAUAAGCAUGACGGUAAAACUGUCGAAUGUUUUAAUUGUAAUGAAAUUGGUCACAUUUCGUGUAAUUGCUCGUAUAAUCCGAAGGUAUUAGAUGUUUUAAGUGCACAAAAUUCGGCCAUAAAGCUAACGC